AACAUGCAUUGCAAUCAGUGCUAAUUUGAAGAUACUGUAUGUGUAUAGCUGUUCCUCUUACUAGCCAAAACACACUGCAUUGUCCUGGUUUAAAUAAGGGGUUGAGGUAGCUGAAUAUAAAUGAUUAAACCCAAUCGAUAUCAUGUCUGUUAUAGCGUGAAGUAUUUUGUUGACAUGAAGCUAACGUUAGCUAGCUAAAGGAAACAGAAGUGUCAAUGUAGCGGAAGUGGUACUGCCCUGAACGAUUCGAGGAGAGACACGGAGGACGGAGGCUGCAUUGUCCAGAGAAAAAGCAGGAAUUAGAGCCGUAAAAAUUACUGAAAAAUGGACAAGAACGACCUGGUACAAAAGGCCAAGCUCGCUGAGCAGGCUGAGCGCUAUGACGAUAUGGCUGGGGCCAUGAAGUCUGUGACGGAGCAGGGUGGGGAGCUCUCCAAUGAGGAGCGCAACCUGCUGUCGGUGGCCUACAAGAACGUUGUGGGGGCACGCCGCUCAUCCUGGCGGGUCAUCUCCAGCAUUGAGCAAAAGACAGAGGGCAAUGAGAAGAAGCAAGCCAUGGCCAAGGAGUACCGGGAGAAGAUUGAAACCGAGCUGCAGGACAUCUGCAACGAUGUGCUGGGACUUCUUGACAAGUACCUGAUUGCCAAUGCCACUGCAGCUGAGAGCAAGGUGUUCUACCUGAAAAUGAAAGGCGAUUAUUAUAGAUACCUGUCUGAGGUAGCAGCUGGGGAUGCAAAAAAGACCACAGUGGAUAAUUCCCAGCAGGCAUACCAGGAUGCUUUCGACAUCAGCAAGAAGGAGAUGCAGCCAACACACCCCAUCAGGCUCGGCCUGGCCCUCAACUUCUCUGUCUUUUACUAUGAAAUCCUCAACAACCCUGAGAAGGCCUGCACCUUGGCCAAGACGGCAUUUGAUGAAGCCAUCGCUGAACUCGACACCUUAAAUGAGGAUUCCUACAAAGACAGUACUUUGAUCAUGCAACUACUAAGGGACAACCUGACUCUGUGGACAUCGGAAAACCAGGGAGAUGAGGGAGAGACCGGAGAAGGGGAAAACUAAUGGAAUUGCACUGUUAAUCUAUCUACACUCUUAAACACAAACAGCUUAUAAACAUCCACCUCCACUCCAUCAACCCCUCCCCCCUCUGUAUGACAAGCAGCCGGAAUUGUUCCUGACCAACUAGUUUAUCCCUCUCAGGUCACUGAGGCGACAGGGUAAUGUCCAGGUUGUCAUUUUGUUUGUGAAAAUAAUGUGGUUCUAUUGAGUAGCGAGUCCAUGUUGCUGUUAUUUAGUUGUUUUUUUUGUGUGUGUGUGCGCUAAAUUGGGUGUGUGAAUGACUGACUGUUGGGGGCGGGGGUUGUUAAUUCUAAUCGUCCUUAAUUCCUUUGUUCCACCUAGCUGGUUGUGCAUAUUUUGUUACGGUCAUUUUUUUUUGUGAUUUGUCAUGGUAUUGCAGAUUUAACGUAUGGUUAUUAAACUGGCAGUUAAUUUUCACCAAUGCUGUGAUGCUAAGUGUUAUAUUUUCUUCCCCACAUCACUAUUGCUUUUAAAAUUCAGACAGUACAAUCCUGUAUUUAACUAACAGUGCAAUUCUGCUGUGUGCUCAUACAGAAAGGAGGCAGGCUGUAUUGUGACACUGGCAUCUGGGCGUUUUGCUCUAUAAUCACUUUCACAAUUUCAAGGUUUGAUUAAGGGACCCCUUACUUCGCCAUGUUAGAUUUCCCCAUUAUAAGACAUUCCACCAGAAUUGUAUUAGGCUUUAUGAAAGGCAGAACUCUUUUUGAACAAAGUGGAUUAUUGUCCUAAUGGUAUAACUCAAUGUUCAAGAUCAAGCGCUGCUUGAACUCAAUACAAUGAAAAUUGUAUGUGCUUAAAUGUUCCAUGUAUUUUGCAAGAUUGACUAUCUUUCUUUAAAACCUAAAGUAACUGAACGUUUUUUCAAAAAUGUCUUAUCACACUGUAUCAACCCUGCUUGCAAAAUAUUCCUCUUAAAGCGGUUGUUUUCUCCAAUGUUUCUGUGCCUGGUUUCCUAUUAGACACUUCAAAAUGGAAGACAUGUUCAUGUCGCUUGUUUGACUGCCAAGAAGUUGAAAUUAAGCUUAGACCGUCUUCUAUUCUCUCUUAGAAUCUCAACAUAUUUGUUAUGUAUGUUCUAUGGUUUGUAAGGUAUGUCAUAAUUUGCUCUCAUGCCCCUAAACUCUACUGCUUUGAACAUAAGCCUCUGAAGCCAUUGCUGUACAAUUUAUUGUGAAGCAGCAGAUUGGAGAGCCAACUCAUACCACAACCCAAGUAAGAAGCAGUGUCACAAAUUCACAAUAUCAACACAACCAUUACAUCCCACAUAGAGUAAGACACUCAUCUACAUAUAGCGGCCAGUCUGCUUUCUUAGAGUCAAUUCUCAUCUUUAUCUGAAUAAAUAAAAUGUGGAACAGGC